UUCAUUGGAGUUGACGAUACGGAGUAGUAAAUUUCCUUGAUUCAAGGUGUGCACUCGUUGCGCUCCACGUUAUCGUAAUACGAAUGGUGGCCGUGGCUCGUGAAUGGUGACAAAUGGUAGUUCUUCGAGUGCCAGGUGAUCCAUGUUGAUAACACUGCAGAACAAACGCCGAACAAAUGAAGGUUCUGGAAAAAACUUAAAGUUUGGGAAACUUCAAUCUUAUGUCUGGUUUCUACUUUCAAAUACACCCAGACAUCGAAGGAUGCUCUAGUCUGUGUUAAUGGAAUACCAAGACGAAAAUAAUGUAUUGUGUUGAAAGAAGGUGGGCUCUUGAUAGGCAGAUGGACGGAGAAUAUUUGAUGCCAUUGAAGUUGCCGUCAGCAAGCAGCAUAAACAACCAUGGAUCGAAAAAGGGGAGGUCAACAUUUCUGAAACGCUUGUUCCUGGUCUUUGUUGGGGUUCUAACACUACUGGCCCUGUUGUACGUCCCGGUUUAUCACUCCGCCCAAGGGCCCCUCCAAGGCCUAGGUGAGAUUCCUAUCCUGAGCCCUGCUGGGGGCUCGCAGUCCGUGACCUCCGUAGCUCAACUUUCGGGCUGGGCUGACAAUACCACAAGAGACGUACGUAUCUACGUACAGCCAGAAAGUAAUACCACAAUAAUUUCUCCGGUUGGAAUCUGCGUCACUCCGCCAAUUCUAAUCAUAGUUGUUUGCUCAUCAGUAUCGAAUCAGAAAGCGCGAGAUGCUAUAAGGGAUACGUGGGCAAACAAAACUAUUCUAGAGAAUUAUAACGCAACAGUAGAAGUAGCAUUUCUUGUGGGAGAAAGCAGCAACGAUACUUUAAAUGAGAAUAUAGAAAAUGAAAGCUUGCAAUAUAAAGAUAUAAUCCAGGAAAAAUUUCAAGACUCCUAUAAUAAUUUAACAAUAAAAUCGAUCAUGAUGUUGAAAUGGGUUACGUUGAACUGUGGUCAGGCAAAAUAUCUAAUGAAAACUGACGAUGAUAUGUUUGUCAACGUACCAGUAUUAAUAAGACUCUUGCAAGCGAGACCUAAGGCCAAUGGAGCUCUGAUGGGAUCUCUCAUUUGCCGUGCCAAACCUAUCACUGAUUCGAAGAACAAGUGGUUCAUGCCAAAGUAUAUGUAUGCCGAAAAAAUGUAUCCGAACUAUCUUUCUGGUACUGGAUAUGUAAUGAGUCUAGAUGUGGCUUCCAAGCUGUAUGCGACUGCAUUGGAUACACAAUUGAUAUAUUUGGAGGACGUUUACCUGACUGGAAUUUGCGCGAGGCGCGCCAAAUUACGGCCAACCAAUCAUCCAGGGUUCAGCUUUGUCUCCAGAAAGCUAGACCCUUGUGUGUUUCGCAAUGUUAUUACUGCACACAGGGUUUCGGCAUCGAAUUUGUACGCUAUGUGGAAACGUGUAAAUAACUCUACUUUGAAAUGCGUAGCUCCAUCAGCCUCUGUCAAAAAGCAACCUAGUUUAAGUAGGAAAGGAAGAAACACUAGGUAUUAUCCCGAUCGCGGUAGAUCAGUGGCUAAAUGCGUUUGACUAAGUUAAAUUCAUCAUCAGAUUUGAUUUCAGAUUAAUUAUUGGCGGAUAUUCAUUGUUUGUCAUUCGGUUGUCCACAAAAUUAAAGUCGUAAAAUGAACAAGUAUUAAACAAACAUCACAAAUGAUAUUUUUUAAUCAUAUUUUUUUAAUCCUUUUUUAUUUAUUAACCACCCGUAGUGAUUUUAUAUUUAUUUGGCUACUAAUUGGGCUGUUACAUGAUCAAAAAUUAUAAUAUUUAUUCAUAAAUACUGCUGUGACUCUGAAUUCAACUCGAUUCCGAAUAAUUUUAGACUUUUCGAGGGACUCUUAAGUUUUAACUCAACAACAUACAGCAAUUUAUACUUAUAUCUAUAAAACGUAUCCACAAUACUAUUACACAUGACACGUCAUUUAAGGAUAUCUAAUUAUCAACAGUGUUGGAAUCUGAACGUAUUAGUAUCCUGCUAGAAAAUUUUCCAGCUUUGGUUACGUGAGACUGGUGACACUGAAUUGAAUGUAUUUUUGUUAAAGAAGAGUCUUCAAUAUACGUAUAAGUAAUAGGUGUGCAUACUUACGUAUAUUUUUAGAGCACUUCAUGAUAAAUCGAUUGACUAAGACAGUUCCUUUUUUUAUCCAGCAUUAAUCCAAGGAAGGAUAACGUCGACUUAAAAGUUGGUUAACAUGGAGUGGCCUAUAUGUAAGCCAUUCCAUGCAAAAUCAAUUAACAUUAACAGUCACCAUUUUUAAUUUUAUAAAAAUUAGUACGGAUAUUAGUAGCAUUUCUAAACCCUACAAUUUAUUUAUUUUUUAUCAAUUUUCCGUCAUUUUAUUUUUCGAGCAACGAGAUUAAGAAAAGUUAUUAUAAUCACCCCGAAAAUUAAAAAUUGAGCUUCUAACCGAACUUCACGUUCUGAGAUCUAGCUAAUCGCAUAUAAUUCAAAUAAUAUUUCGAGAGCGGAUUAUCAGAUUUUUAUGAUCUCGAUCUCAAUCGAAGCACUACUUUUAAUUUAAAACUGAUUAUAUUUCGAAUAGGUCCUAUUUUAGUAAGUUUCGAGUUAUUUGAAUAACGAAAUGAAAUGAAAAAAAAAGAAUCCAAAUGCCAUCUAGAUAACGAAUCAGAUAUAAGAUUGGCUUCAUAAUCGUGAAAUUUUUUUUCUAAUUGUUUGAGUACUCUGAAAAUUUUAGAUGGGUAAAGAACAAUCUUUAACGUUUCGAUAAUAAAUUCUGAAACAUUUUGCACUAUGAAUAGCACAUUGAAAUGACGUAGAAUGCGAAAUUAAUUUUUCUUCAAUUUUCAGCAGGUACAAGCUACACUAAACGGUAAUUAGGGAGAAUUACCGAAGCGCAUUGUAAAAUAUAGAUUUAGAAAAUUAAAUCCUUUAGGAAGUCAAUCGGAAAUUAAUUGAAAUAGGAAAUAUAAUUUCUGUGAAGAUUGAAAACAUUCGAAUGAAAUAUUAUUGCUUUUGAAAAUAAUCCUUUGUAAUUGUGAUAAAAAUUAGUAAAAAAAUUAAUUUCACAUUGUUCGGAAUUUCAAUGUGCUUUUCACAGAGUGGAAAACGUUAAACGUUGGUUUUGAUAGAUUCAAAAUUUUCAGUGGUCAAAAAAAAAAAAAAAACUAAGAGCAAAUGCAUUCCACCAUGAGACCAAUCUUAAAAUCGUCAGAACAGAAAUUGAAAUAUUUGAAAAUCUUUCGAGAAUGGUGAAAAGAAGUUGAGAGGGUUAUAUCAUUUCUAACCAAAAGUAAUACGAUUAAAAACGGUAUAAAUUGAAUGAAUGGUGAGCUGUAGAGAUGCUAAUACUACCCAAAUAAUUUUCAACAAAAUUAAGAAUGGUGAGAGUCAAAAUUAUUUGAUAAGUAAAACACAGUGAUCUUUAAAAAUAUGUUUGUUAGGUAAUUUUUAAUGUAGAGAAACGGUACAAAUGAUUGCAUGUAGAUACGUAAUCAAACGUGAGUUGGAAACAAGACGAUAGAAAUUAAAUUUUUAUAUGACGUACCACACACGAACGAUCAGUUUGGCUAGUUUAUUAAUGUUUUAAGGCCAACGGAUUAGAGUACAAGUCCCGAUGUUGGCACUCUGCGUUAUGCAUUCUGAAUGAGAAAAAAAAAUGUAAACAAACGUUCGCCUCGUGGAAUUGAACUCAAUCCGAAUGCCUCUAAUUAAAGUUCCACUGUACUAUAUAAGAAGAUAUCUCAUCUACAGAAAUGAAAUUGUAAUUUCCAUUGAGAUUAGGCAUUGAAGUAUCCUUGAUUGUAAAAUUUUUAUUUUGAAUAUCAUUUACCCCUCUGUGUUUAUAACGUCCAUUUUACAGAUGAAUUGAUUUUUGUUAGAUUUAAUUCGCGUUUAUCGGCAUAUUGAGUCAAGAAAUAAAAUUUUCGAAUCUCAGAACAAAUAUUGAAAUCGUAUGCAUUUAGAUAUAAGGUACCAAAAAUGUAUAAUAUUCACAUCAGUGUUAAAUCAGAUAUUUAAUAUUCAAAAUGUCACAAACCUUGGCCAUUAAUAACUCCUUGUAUAAAAACGUAUAAUUCAGAGAUGAAUCACAAAUAUUUUACGCACACUAUUCCAUUAUAUAUACUCUGUAACAGAUUAAGAUUUCCUUGUAUUACUGCAGUGCUUUUUCACGUACACAUAUAUUAAUAACAGCGUUGAUGAUACCCAUCAUUGCUGCACCAAUGCAAUGAAAUCGAGUCUGCCGGCCUCUGCAUUUAUACAUACCUCAGAAAAGGAGGGACAGGAGGCCAUCAAUUAUAGACAUCGAGGACAAUCGGAGUUACUCACUCCGAUUCCCGACAGUAGGAAUAUCCCGUAUAUUCUGCAUAUAUUUCUUAAUAAUCUCUAAGUUAAUAUAUCGUAUCUUCGGUUCUUGAUUACUUUGUAGUUUUUAUGAGCACUAGUGCUUAAAAAUCGAUUUCUACGAGCUAAUGCUUAUAAAAACUAGCUCAGAAAAUAAGAUUUGUGGCAUUUGCGUACACAGGGAUUUUCUGCGCACUCGCCACAAAAAUAAUUAUUACCUUUAUGUAUGGUAACCAUUAGAAAGUUUCAGGACGUAAAUACAUUUAUUGUAAAUAAGCAUGAAACCAAUUGUGGUUCCUUUGUAAUAUAGUAGUAUACAUUAUUUUUAGGAUGAUAUAUUUUUUUCAAAUACUCUAGGUGAGAGAAGAUAUUUAUUUAUUAAUUUACAGAACGAUGAAUUGUAUUUAUCUUUUUCCAAAUUCCGACGACCAAUUUGGAAAUGUAAAAAGUUUUAACUGAAGCAAAGCUUUCAUAUUAUAAGCCGGUAUGAAUUUGAUACUUCAUGCAUUUUGUUUUUGUGAAUUUGUGAUUCAUUCUACGUAUAAGUUGGUGAAAAAAACAUUGAAAUAUUUCAUAUUUACAGAAUUAACAAUUCAUCUAUUCUCCUGCAAUUUCCUAGGUGCCAGUUUCGUUUACUGGAUGCUUACGCUUUGCACAGGCUCUAUGUCACAGAAGUGAAGUCGUGGCAUUUACAUUUCAACGCAGUUUGCCAUGAAAAGUAUUCUCAUAUUGAACUCAUAAACCCUAGUGGCCUUAGAAAAUUAAUUUUAGCCC